AUGGCGUCGCCAAACAGCAACCACUAUGACACGGGGAACUACGACACCGGGCCCCCUCCGAUUAACCAGUUCAUCCCGCUCCAAGACCUCUCGAGACCUCCGGAUACCGCAAACCCAGAUGUAACAGGGCGACAAUGCAGUAAACCAAGCAGCAGUAGCGGUGCUGGGGGACGCGAGGGAUAUCCAGUGCGAAGACCUUCAUUUAUUGGUCGCACUGGCAUUGGGAGGAGAUAUGAGCGGAUAGCGGAAGAUUCCCCAAGCCCGCACGAGCGGAGUAGGAUAGAAAAUUUCCAGAAUAUCAGCUUGACUCCGCGACCCAAUUCUCCGGAAUCUCACGCGGAGGAAGAUGGGCCAGUCGACCCUGAGACCCGUCGUAAUUUUCAAGAAGCUAUAGGGUCUGUUGGAUUGAGCUUCGAUCCUUCGCAGUUCUCUAGUCGUAAUCCCGGCCAGGAACGCCCUUUCCAAGCUCAUGUGAGGGAUUCAGAUGAUCUGACUCGCUUCCCCUAUGCGAACCAGCAGACUUCAAAUGAUGAAGAAACCUACAUGCCCCCAACCGAUACACCGGAGAAUGACACGACCCCUCUCACGGACCGGAGAUAUCUGCAACCCAUGGAUGGUGCCUCUAUUUCGCAUGGCCAACGACACAACAGACGGAGUGGCAGCGUGCAAUUUGUGGAGGGUGCGACGGUGGCUGGGUCGCAUCUAGGGGAUGAUUUACCACACUUGGAAGAAGGGAAUACUAGGUCGCGGAGCGGGUCUCGCAGUUUACGGCCAUACCGCAGCCGGUCACGGCAAAUAUCGCCCGCUACUCCAAAUUCAGCAUUAUCAAGAGCUGGCUCGAUGGUGCGAAAGAUGUCGCAACGUGUGGUCAACAUAAGCAAUGAACCGGAGAUUGUUGAACAAACCCUUCGGCGCAAAUCGUCGAUCAAGCAAGCCCGCCUCGAGGCACCGCCCUCGCUCCCCGCAAUGACAGAAUAUGCUCAUGAUAUGUCAACCCCUGGUUUGGAAGAUGGAUAUCCGCCGGAAAAAAGGCCGUCGCUUUUUUCCAAAAUUCGAGAUCUGGAUGCCCAUCAGACUGAGGAAAACCCACUGCGGGGCAACUCGCUUGGUAUAUUUAGUCCGCAAAGUAAACUGCGGCGAGCCUUGUUGGAGAUUUUAAUCCACCCUGCAACGGAACCGAUAAUACUCGUUCUCAUCAUUGUCCAGACGGUACUCCUAGCCAUUGAAUCUUCGAUAUACAAAGGUAAACGAGGAAGUCAUUGGGGCACCCCAGCUUUCGACUAUGCGUUUCUUGCUCUCUUCAUCAUCUAUACACUCGAAAUUGGGGCGAGGAUAAUAGUAUCCGGACUUAUUCUCAAUCCCGGCGAGUAUAGUACUCUAGAUCGAUCGCUUGGUUUAAGAAAAGCCUUAAUUGCAAAAGGAAAGGAUCUUUUGAUGCCCCAGCGGCAGCUUUCCACAAGAAAGCCCCCGGGCCCAAGCGAUCCUCAAGUAUCAGUUCUAAGGUCGUUCACGGGGAUGCAAAAUGCUUCAGACCCGUCGGGUGACGCUGGCUCUCUGCAACGAUUUCGACUUGCUCGCCGCGCUUUCCUCCGCCAUUCUUUUACUCGGAUUGACUUUCUUGCAGUUGUAUCAUACUGGAUAUCUUUCGUCCUGUCGAACCUAUCUUUUGAGUCGCAGCAUCAUCUUUAUGUUUUUCGGAUGCUCAGCUGCCUUCGAAUUUUGAGACUUUUGGGACUCACCAGUGGUACCUCGGUGAUUUUCCGAAGUUUGAAGAAAGCUGCACCUUUGCUAGUCCAUGUAGCUUUUCUAAUUAGUUUUUUCUGGCUCUUGUUUGCAAUUGUAGGCGUCCAAAGUUUUAAGUCCAGUUUGCGCCGGACUUGCGUCUGGAUCGAUCCUGAUGGGCAGAACAAUUUCACACUGAACGACGCCCCUGAUAAAAUUCAAUUCUGUGGAGGAUACCACGAACUUGGGACUGGCGCAGAAAAGCCCUGGGUUACGCCAGAUGGAACUCCUGGCUCUGGUCCCGCGAAGGGCUACCUGUGUCCUGAGGGUUCUCUAUGUGUACAGGGUAGUAACCCGUAUGGGGGAACCAUCAGCUUCGACAAUGUAGCACAUUCCCUUCAACUCGUUUUCGUGGUCAUGAGCUCAAACACCUUUACUGACAUACUUUACUACACCACUGAUACUGACUACCUUGCCGCCGCUUUAUUUUUUGUCUUUGGAUUCAUAGUCCUAAGUUUGUGGCUUGUCAACUUGCUAGUUGCCGUAAUCACGUCCUCGUUCCAGGUGAUUCGAGAAGAAAGCAAGCGAAGCGCUUUCACCAGCGAGAAGAUUGAUGAAAGGGAAAUCGAGGAUGCAGCUCCUCGAAAACUUCGCGGUUUGAAACUUCUUUACGCCAGAACUUACUGGGUAUGGAUUGCUGUGGUUGGUUUUGGACUCGUGGUGCAAUGCCUUAGAAGCUCCACCAUGGGCCCUAGUCGGGCAAAAAUUAUCGAUUCUACUGAAGUCGUGGUCACAAUUAUCCUGGCUAUCGAAAUCUGCCUUCGAUUUGCGUCCGACUGGAGAAACUUCUUUAAAAACGGUCAUAACUGGGUCGACCUGAGCCUUGCAAUCAUUACUUCCAUUAUUUUAAUAUCGCCCAUACGAGACUCCCCUCGGGUGUAUGCAGCGCUCUCAAUUUUUCAGGUGUUACGUAUAUACCGCAUCGUUCUCGCAUUCUCCGUGACAAGCGAUUUGACUAAAAUUGUUUUCAAAAACGCAGUUGGCUUUCUCAAUCUAAUCGUUUUCGUGUUUCUUAUUACGUUUUUGGCGUCAAUAUUCGCUGUCCAGUUGUUCCGGGGCCAGAUGCCUAGUGACAGCGAUGCAGAGAUUACGUUUUUCGACAUCUAUAACUCCUUUCUGGGAAUGUAUCAAAUACUCUCCAGUGAAAACUGGACAGCGAUUUUAUAUUCUGCAGUUCAGUCCACUUAUCCGUGGGAUACGGCUUGGAUCACGGCUAUAUUCCUCAUUAUGUGGUUCGUUCUAGCUAAUUUUGUCGUCCUGAACAUGUUCAUUGCUGUUAUCCAGGAGAGUUUCGACGUGUCAGAGGAUGAGAAGCGAAUUCAACAGGUGAAGGCGUUUUUACAACAGAAGCAAUUGAGUGGCUCAUCUCAAGGAAAUCUUUCGCUGUCAACCAUUUUUAGACUCGGUCGCAGUUCUCAACGGUAUCGGGACCCGCUCGAUCAUGGACCUGCAGCGCUCGAAAUGCUUCUCAAGGAUGCUGUUGUCAAUGAGUUUCUGGAUGAGCAACCACGAUCACCACCCACAGAUACCCCACAUGUGGAGAGCCCAUCCGACCAUACUCAACAUGGUAACGCCUUUACGAACAUGUUCAGUUCGAUCACAAACCGAAUUAUGGACCGAGAACCUAAUCCAUUUUAUUCAAAAUUGAAAUUUUCAAAGGUCUAUGACGAUUCGGACCCGACUGCGAUGGCUAAGGAGGUUUUAUCUGCUUCUGAACAGCGGAAGCGGGCUCAGCGGCAGUACCUUCAAAAAUACCCUAGCUACAAUGUCUCAUUGUAUAUCUUUAAACCCACACAUCCUUUACGACGAUUCUGCCAACGUAUCGUUGGACCAGGUCGAGGGAGCAGUCGUAUCGAGGGAGUUGAUCCAUACAAACCGGUAUGGUACACCUUUUCAGCAUUCAUCUAUGCUGCCAUUGUUACCAUGGUUUUGAUUGCCUGUAUUGCAACCCCUCUCUAUCAGCGUACUUUCCUCGAGACCCACAAACCUGGUAUUAGUAACUGGUUCGUCUGGACGGAUAUAGCUUUCGCAAUUCUUUUCACUAUCGAAGCAGUGAUCAAAGUCAUUGCAGAUGGCUUCUUUUGGACGCCAAACGCAUAUUUCCGUGGCUCAUGGGGUUUCAUUGAUGGGAUUGUGCUAAUUACUCUUUGGGUUAAUGUUGUAUCGGCAAUAUUUAACGCUACAGGUGCAUCGCGUGUUGUGGGCGCAUUCAAAGCUCUGAGAGCUUUGAGAUUGCUUAAUGUCAGUGACAGUGCAAGAGAAACUUUCCACGCUGUAAUAAUCUUAGGUGGAUGGAAAGUUAUAUCUGCUGCAUUUGUCUCCAUGAGUUUCCUUGUCCCCUUCGCUAUUUAUGGCUUAAAUCUUUUCAACGGGAUGUUGAGAUCAUGCAACGAUAAUGACUUCGGGUACACCUCACUUGACAACUGUGUCGGCGAAUAUAUGAGCACCCCAUACGCAUGGGAUGUAUUGGCUCCCCGUGUGGUCUCGAAUCCGUACUACAGCUUUGAUAACUUUGGCGAAUCGCUCUUCAUUCUUUUUCAGAUUGUGUCCCAGGAAGGCUGGACAGGCGUUUUGUGGAACGCAAUGUCGAUAAAUGGAGUAAAUCAGCAACCCGUUCCACUCGCAUCUCAAGAAAACGGCCUUUUCUUCGUCGUGUUCAAUUUGCUUGGAGCGGUCUUCGUGUUAACGCUGUUUGUUUCCGUCUUCAUGCGAAACUACACCGAACAAACGGGGGUGGCAUUUUUGACUGUAGAGCAACGGUCUUGGCUCGAACUUCGCAAGCAUCUGCGACAGAUAUCUCCUUCCAAACGGUCCGUUGACAAGGAUAGCAAGAAGCUCAAAGCAUGGUGCUACAGAAUUGCAAUUAAAAAGCAUGGGCGCUGGUCAAGGUUCAUCAAUGGACUUCUCCUAUUUCAUUUACUGCUUCUAGUACUUGAAUUUUACCCUGAAUCUAGUUGGUGGGACAGGACUCGAGAUGUUCUUUUCUUGAUUUUGACGUUAUUCUAUAUCGCCAACAUCCUCAUUCGUGUUAUCGGCUUGACAUGGCAACGAUUCCGUAGGAGUUCAUGGGACUUGUACUCGAUCAUUUCAGUAUCCGGAACAUUUUUCACCACAGUGCUUUCCGUUAUCCGAUAUAACAAUAUCGUCUUUGCCCGACUCCAUAAACUCUUUCUUGUCUCUAUCGUGCUUCUACUAAUCCCUCGGAAUAAUCAACUCGAUCAACUAUUCAAAACCGCAGCUGCUAGCCUGCCAGCCAUCGGUAAUCUUCUAGCUACUUGGUUUGUCCUCUUCCUGGUUUACGCUAUUGCUCUCACGCAGAUAUUCGGCCUUACAAAGUUUGGGGGCGGGGAAACCGGCAAUAUUAAUUUCAGGGACGUCCCAAGGGCCCUCAUUCUUCUUUUCCGCACCAGUUGCGGAGAGGGUUGGAAUGAGAUCAUGGAAGAUUUCGCCACGAUGGUGCCACCUUACUGCACAGCUGAGAACCACAUCUUUCAGAGUGACUGCGGCAGUGCUGGCUGGGCCCGCACACUCUUUAUCUCCUGGAACAUCGUCAGCAUGUACAUCUUCGUGUCUCUCUUCGUUUCACUCAUUUUCGAAAGUUUUUCGUAUGUUUAUCAACGAAGCAGUGGGUUGUAUGCCAUCAGUAGAGAGGAGAUCCGUCGCUUCAAGCAAGCCUGGGCUACUUAUGACCCUGAUGGAACUGGAUAUAUUUCCAAAGAGGUGUUUCCGAGGCUAUUAGGGGAACUGUCUGGAAUAUUUGAAAUGCGUAUCUACGACGGUGACUUUACGGUUGGUCGUAUCUUGGAAGACUGCAAAGUUCAUCGCAGAGAAUCAAACCUGGCACCAUAUGUCCGAGCUGUGGAUGGAAUCGAUUUGGACAAGCUGCAAAGGAGGAUUAAUCGCAUCCCUGUGCAGCAAAUCCGCAGGAAACGGGCUCGAAUGAAUGCCUUCUAUGAAGAAGUGCUUGUCUCAGCAGACCCCGAGAAAGGCAUAUCCUUCACUUCUUGUCUCAUGAUUCUUGCUCAUUAUAAUGUGAUCACUGAUAGCAAGAGUUUAAGACUCGAAGAAUUCCUUCGUCGUCGAGCUCGUCUGCAGCGAGUCGAGGAGGCUGUCCGGCGAAGCGUUGUCAUUGGCUUUUUCGACACGCUAUACUGGUCUCGAAAGUUCCGCCGCCGAUUUGAACCUCAUGAUGCUUCCCGCCUAGCUUCUGUGCCUCAAUUCGCUGUUCCAGAAAUCUACGUUGACGAUGCAGAGCAUGAAGAACAGCACCCGUGCCAGCAGCAACAGCUAUCACAACAGCAACUACAGCAACGACAACAUAGCCCCUCCCAGCACUCAGAUUCUUCUUCUUUCCCCUCUCCCAUGUUAUCACCCGAUGCCCUGGGUCGUCCACCCGGCACCCCACCCGGCGGCGGACAACUACGAAACCUCCCACCCCUUGACACAAACAUAUCGCAAGGGUCAAGAAGCUCCAGGUCGCCAACACGUGCUGGCGAGUGGGGAAAUAGAAGCCCGUCACUGUCUCCGCGUCAAAGCCGUAUCGUUAGAGGGUUCUAUAGUUCCGACCCGCCUAGUCCGGAGGAUAUAGCGAACCAUCGACGGCAUGAAAGCUCCGUCAGUUUGCAGGAGGUGGUGGAGUCGCUGGACAAUUCUGCCUGGGGCGAAAGUAUCCGACGAAGUUUCACGCUGCGUUGA